AUGGAUGCCCUCACACUGGUUGUCGUUGUCUGUCUCCUCGCCACAGGCUUCUGGGCAUGGAGGAAUUUGUACUAUUGGUAUUACAGCAAUGGCCUGAUGGAGUUUCUGGGACAACGCAUCAUGGCUGAUCAAGCCCCGAGUGGCCAGCCGCUCAAAGUCCUCUGUACCAGUGGUCGAUACCCAUCUGUUGACAUGCAGUUGAAAGGCCCAUCAAUAUUUCAACUCCUCUCCUUUGAGAACUGGACCUAUCCAGAUGCCACGUUGGCUGGCUUCUACUUCAUCGGCUCCUUUGGCGUUUCAUGGGCCCUGAUCGUUCUGGAGAGCUUGCGCAGUUACAAUCUGCACAACUUCGGAUCUUGGACCACUAUCCCUGGAUUGCUCAUGUUCAAUCAUACUCCGGCCAUAUAUCUGCCUCUGUAUCUCGGUGUACGGCUUGCCCUGAUGACUCCGAGCAACCUCACACCAUCAGACCUGGCGAUUGACCCGGUUCAACUCGAGCUUUUUCCUUGGGCCUUCGCAAUCGGCUAUGUGGCGCCGUUCAUCGGGAUGUUACUUCCCGACCUUCGCAUCCGCGAUGUAAGCACCAAGCAGACCGUCGCAGCUUGGUGGCAGCAAUGGCCUGCUUAUGUUGCUCUCUCUCAACUUCUGUUGUCUCUGAUCUGGCGUCCAGCAGUACUUCCAUCGCCUCUGGCUACAGAAGCUUGGCCGCAGGUUCAGUCCGUGUACAUGUUCCUCUUCGUGUUGGCUGCCUUGUCACACUGGCUCUCGGUAUUUGGCGCCUUCGCAACAGGCGUAACAAUGACCGAGCUUUUCUUGCCGGCCUGGCCUGGAAAGGAUAAGAAGGCACGCCACGGAUGGGAAGCAGCAAAGUGGUGUGUGCAAUGGGACGUCGUCCUGGAUACGCCUGCUAUGAUUCUUUGGGCCGGUGUUCUGUAUUGGCAGACGGGAGGAGUCAUGGACUCUUCACUUUGGCAGCGUCUGCUUGUCAACUUCCUGCUCGCGGGACCUUACGGGGUUCCCAUUGGCUUGUUGUGGGAGAGGGAUGCAUUUGUUUUGGGUGUCUAG